AUGGGGAAUUUGAACCGGAAGUAUCGAGUCUUUCCAGAGGAAUGCAAGUGUUAUAUCUUUGAAUAUGAAAGUUUUAAAGCUUAUUUAGCCAAGUCAGAACCUGGAUUAGCGGGAUUCAAAACUGAUUCUCUUGGACGGAUGGCUGAUUCAGAAGCCAGCAAUGAAGCCACCUCUGGUGAUACACCACUUGAACAGGCUCCUGUCGCUGAAAACCCCAAAUGGUCAAUAGAUAGUGAAGUAGGCAGAGACUGGAGACGCCUGGGUAAAGCCUUAGGGCUUAAACCAGCGUUUUUGGAUAAUAUUGAUACUGAUUUCAAAGAAAGCCCUGAAAAGGCACAGAAAGUGCUUCAAAAGUGGAGGCAAAAAAACGGAAAAGAAGCAACAAUGGGAAUCCUUAUAAAUGCUCUUGAAAAGAUAGAAAGGAGAGACGUCGUCGAAAAACUGCGUGAUACAGAAAAAGUGGAGGCCGGAUUGAACUCCGUUCGAACUGCAAGUGGAAAGUUACGAAAGGACGUUAAACUUUUAAAGGAAGAAAUACAAAACGUGCAACAGAUUCAUAACGAAACACGGAAAGAACUCAAAGAAUUAAAAGAAAUCGUGUACAAAAUACAAACAGCAACGGGAGAUGAAGAGCGACAGCACAUGGAAACUAGGGUGCAACGCAGAGAGACAACAAUUGAACGGCUUGACGAGCAGGAUCCAAUGCAAAGAUUGACUCGAUUGGAAGAAAUUUACGGCAGGAUUGACGAGGAUCUGCGUGUUGUACAGGACAGCAUCAGAAUAGUCUCUGAAAACCAAAACGCGGUGGUUGGAAUGUCAUUCGAAGCCGACAGGAAUGCAUCAGAUGAACCAAAUGAGAGCCAACAGGGGGAAACCACAUCGGCAGAUCCAAUCCAGAGAGACACAAUACGGAGGGAUUGGCAGAACCAAAGAUACAAUGAACCUAUUAUACGACCUUUGCUUGACGGAUAUGAAAAGGAACUCAACGAUGUGGAAGGAGAAAGAGAUUCACUGAAAACCAAAUCUGGUAAAUCAGACCAAACGAACAAAAGACAACUGGAGAAGAAAAGAAAGUUAAAAACAAAUAAUAAACAAGUUAAAGAGGAAAGAAACGAAGCCAUUGAACCAAACAAAGCAAUGGUGGAGCAGAUUCAAAAGCUUGAAGCCGAGAAAAAGGAGCUCGAAAUGACGUUAAAUGGUCAAACCGAUCUGAAGACUGAAAAUAAAGAGCUGUCGACUCAAAUAGAAAGGCUGACAAAAAAAGCAAACAACUCUGAGUUUGAGUGCAAGCGGCUACAAGAGGAGCUCAAGACGUACAUAAAUUACCAAAGUCGCGUUUUCUUACCAGCUGGAAAGGAAUUUGCCGGCAUAUGCACUGGUGUCAUCUGCUUCCUAAAACAAAGAUUGAGAGAUGCACCCAGCGCUGAACUGAUUGCAUCCAGAUCUUCCGAUGGCCCUGGAGAUGGGGCUGACGUAUUAAACCAUAAGACAGGCACCGUCAGUGGGACAGAAGAAAAGAAAAAUUCGUGGUGGUCUAUUGAUCUGGGCUCAAGCCAUCGGCUUGUGAUCACACACUACGCUUUAAGGCACGGCAAAAGAGAAAAAGAGUCACUGCUAACCCAGUGGCAACUGAAGGGAUCAAAUGAUGGGAAGCACUGGGAAAACAUUGAAACUAUUCACGACAAGAAUGAUCCACAGUUCAAAGACCCUACUCCAUUUUGUACAGGCAAAUGGUCUGUCAAAGGGGAAAUAGGGCCUUUUCGUUUUUUUCGAAUUUUCCAGACAGGUGUUAAUUCCUCUGGCAAAUAUGGAAUAUACCUAUCUGGAAUUGAGUUGUACGGAGUACUUCUGAACAUGUGUGAGCUAGGAGCUAUGGAGGCUUUAUCCUAUAAAGUUUUCAUCAAGCAGCCGAAAUAAAAAGUAAACUCUCAGAAAGCAAGGUCUUUGUACGACCCCCCAUUAAAAGUGUCUUUGAGGGGCCACAUAACUUUUUCUCUUUUAUCUCUUAUAUUUUUAUUCAGAGUGUGAUGUUUCCUUCGUUUUGCUACAUUCAGACUAUUGCAAUUCGCUGUUGGUUUUAAAUGAAAUGUAAGUUAAAAAAGUAAGAAGAUUGAUUAUUUUUUCAAGGGUAUGGCAAAUCAAUAUUUUAUAAGCAGUUACAAGAAAUUGUAGACAUUGAAAAGCAAGAUAAUGAUA